GUUUGCAGUCGUGUUUACGUUGAUUUACUAUCACAGCACUGUAUCUAGUUUCACCGAAAUCAGAUUAGUUUCACCGAAAUUUCCGUGAAACUAAUAGUUUCACGGGAAUCGAGUUAGUUUCACGGAAAGGGUUAGUUUCACAGAAAUGGAGCCAUUUCCGUGAAACUAACAUCAGUUUCACGGAAACAGUCCCGUUUCGUGACCUUGCUGGACUGGAAACAUACAUUUCCCCCAGCUCGUGAUUCGAAUGUGGCGUGAGUUAACCCGCCAAGAGCACCUUCGCCAACAACAAGCAGCCUCACAAAAUUGCUCUAAAUCCAACUUUUUCUGCCAAGAUAUUUUGGCUUCGGUGGUGGCAUUUAUUCUGAGGUCUGAUCCCAGAAGCUUCCCCUUGUCCUCGCCCUUUGUUAGGACCUGAAUUGUGCAAGCCCCAUUUAUUUUUUCUGUGGUCCUUCAAGAUGGCGGAAGCGGAGAUCGUUGUGAGUCCUGUCCCUGCGACGCAGCAGGAUCAGCAAUACCAGCAAUUCCUCCAGUGGCAGCAGCAGCAACAAAUGCAACAACAAAUGCAGAGUCAGCAAUACCAACAGUUUCUUCAGUGGCAGCAGAUGCAGCAAUCGCAGCAGGGUAAUCAGCAGCAGUUUCUUCAGUGGCAGCAGAUGCAGCAAUCGCAGCAAGAUGCUCAGUCCAUCUUGGAAAGCCAACCUGAGGAGACCAAGCCUGAAGCUACUACUACCUCUGCAGCUGCUGCUGCCCCAGCCCCUGCUCCUGCAGCAACUUCUACCACGAGUAAGCGAUCCGGCUGUUGCUCUUGUGGUGUGAUGGAUAGCAUGAGUGGUGCUACCUCGACCUUGAACACGAUCAACAACAAACACAAAAAGGCGACUACCCAAUACAGCAACUUGAAAUCCGCUUGGGAAACCACGUCCUCCAACGUGAGCAGUGUUUCAUCCCAGCUGGGACAGCUAGGCAGUACCCUUGGAUCUUGUGGAGCUGCCUUGUCGAAGAUUGGUUAG